AUGGGCCGGCCGGCGACUGGACUGACAAGCAACGUUAUCUGCCUAGGCUGCCAUUUCUCCAACGUAACAAGAAGAACGCCAGAAUCUCUGCGAAUUCGAACCCAGUUCAUUGGAAAUCACGAAACUCACGCCUUCCCAUAUAUCAAAGAUCUCUUCCUCCUCACCAUGAACCGUCUAUUCGGCGCCAAACCCGCCGGGCCAAAACCGACACUUAACGGCGCCAUCACCAACAUCGACGCGCGCAUCGCCUCGGUCGACACAAAACUCAAAGCCAUCAACGGCGAGCUCUCCGCCUACCAGGAGAAACUGUCCCGCAUGCGCGACGGCCCCGGCAAGCAAGCCAUCAAGCAAAAGGCGCUCAAGGUGCUGCAGAAGCGCAAGGCGUACGAGGCGGAAAAGGACAAGCUUGAGGGCCAGGUGUGGAACAUGGAGCAGGCGCAGAGCAUGCAGGACAAUCUAAAAAACGUCAUGACGCAGGUCGACGCCAUGAAGACGACCAACAAGGAGCUGCGCAGGCAGUACGGCAAGAUUGACGUGGACAAGAUUGAGCGCAUGCAGGACGACAUGGCGGACCUACUCGACAUGGGCAACGAGAUCCAGGACAGCCUAGCCCGCAGCUACGAUAUACCUGACGAGGUUGACGAGUCCGAGCUAGACGCCGAGCUCGAGGCCCUCGGCAUGGAGCAAGAGCUCGAACAGGAAAUGGCGGGCGGCGUGCCGGGCUUCCUGCAGGACGAGGUCGUGCCCGAGUUUGUGGACGAGCCGCCACAGACAGAAGACAAGGUGAAGCAGGUCGCUGGUUGA